AGGGUGCGCGCAGCUCCCGACCCUCCGGCCGCGCGCGCCCCGUGCCCUGCGCUGCCCCCCCCGGACAGGCCCCCCCACACCCCCGGCCAUGGAGCUGCUCUCCACCCCCAAGAACAUCGAGAUCAACAACAUCACGUGCGACUCGUUCCGCAUCUCCUGGGCCAUGGAGCAGGGGGACCUGGACAGGGUCACCCACUACUUCAUCGACCUCAACAAGAAGGAGAACAAGAACUCCAACAAGUUCAAGCACAGGGAUGUCCCCACCAAGCUGGUGGCCAAGGCGGUUCCGCUGCCCAUGACCGUGCGGGGACACUGGUUCCUGAGCCCCCGCACCCAGUACAGUGUGGCUGUGCAGACGGCCGUGAAGCAGAGCGACGGAGAGUACCUGGUGUCCGGCUGGAGCGAGACCGUGGAGUUCUGUACCGGGGACUAUGCCAAGGAGCACCUGGCGCAGCUGCAGGAGAAGGCAGAGCUGAUCGCCGGGCGCAUGCUGCGGUUCUCUGUGUUCUACCGCAACCAGCACAAGGAGUACUUCCAGCACGUCAGGAUGCACUGCGGGAACGUGAUGAAGCCGUCGCUCAAGGACAACAGUGGCAGCCAUGGCUCCCCCACCAGUGGGAUGCUUCACGGCAUCUUCUUCAGCUGCAACACCGAGUUCAACACGGGGCAGCCCCCCCAGGACUCCCCCUACGGCCGGUACCGGUUCCAGAUCCCAGCUCAGCGGCUCUUCAACCCCAACACCAACCUCUACUUCGCGGACUUCUACUGCAUGUACACUGCCUAUCACUACGUGGUGCUGGUGCUGGCUCCCAAGGGCUCCUCCGGGGACCAGUUCUGCCGGGAGCGCCUGCCCCAGUUGGACAUUACCUCCAACAAGUUCCUGACGUGCUGCAUGGAGGAGGGUGAGCUCGUGUUCCGCCAUGCCCAGGACAGCAUCCUGGAGCUCAUAUACACGGAGCCCGUGGACCUGAGCCUGGGAGUGCUGGGGGAGAUCAGCGGCCACCAGCUCAUGAGCCUCUCCACUGCCAACGCCAAGAAGGACCCCAGCUGCAAGACCUGCAACAUCAGUGUGGGGCGCUAAGGGGGGGCCGGGGGGCUCGGACCCACGGAUGCUGCUGGGGAAGGACGGAGGGGGCUGCAGGACCCGGCCCACGGCCGCAGGGAGCCGCAGGGAUGCUCAUGGAGGGAUGAGGCACAGCCUGGGCUGCUCCGCGGGAGGAAACCUUCGUCUCCUGGACCGGCCGACCAGCAUCAUCCUCACACCGUGAGCCCUGCGCUCUGCCUGCGUCUGCGCAUCCUCUGUGGGACCCCAUCCCCUCCAGCAUCCACCCCAUGGGGUUCAUUGGAGAGCUGGAAACACCCCCUCCCCAGCCCUGAACUGCACCGAGGAUGGAGGGGAUGGGGCAGGGACCCCUCUAUGGGCACAGCUUUGGGGUGGGUGUUGUGCUGUGUUCACUCUGCUCUACCCAUCCCCAUGGCAGCCAGAGGAGCCGGUGGGGAGCAGAGCUGACCCCCCCCCCGUGUCCCCCCCUUCCCGCAUGAGCCGUCGGCAGCAUGGCCCCCGCGGGCUCCCCCUGUGUACCCUGCACGUUGUUCGGUGGGACACAACCACCUCCAUCCCUGUGCUGUGCUGGAGCUGGAUCAAUAAACGUG